AUGGUCGUCUACGGCAUGACAAUGGGAUAUCAUACAGGGCAGACAGAACUGGCUCACUUCGCAGUGAAGUCAAGAAACGUGACAAACUACGUGACGAUAGUGGACCGACGGUUUUAUAAGGGAAACCCGUAUGAAGCGAGACGACGUCUUGACAGCGACGAUCGUUUGAACGAGUCUAACCUGGAUUCCAUACUCGACUUAUAUGACACUCGACCUCCAACUACUACGAAUGCCCAUGCUGAGACGCCUAUAGUUAUAGAGUUCACUGAAAGACUAUCUAAUAGUACUGAACCAGUUUCGGCUGAAAAAUUUGACUCCAAGAAGAAUAUAGGACGACUUCGCCGAUCGAAAGAUAACAUUUUUAAGAACAUCAAAAUAUCCUUUUGGCGUCCAUAUAAAAAGGAAGAACAACAGAAAAAUGAUAAAAUAAAA